GCCAGCAUACCGCUCUUAGGAGCAUGCCGGAUCACAGCCAGAAGGACGCCAUUCCAUCGACAGCGUCUGCCAUCAUCAGGCCCACCUCCCAGAAGCUAGCUGCUCCUCCUGUUCCAGAUCAGAUUGCCAUGGAAGACAAGAUCUAUAAUGGAGCUCCACGACUCGCGCCAGAAUCGGGGGAAAACCUGAGCCUGACGUGGCAGUGGAACGCAUGCGAGGGUGCUGGCCUUGACAACAUGGGGAACACCUGUUUCCUCAAUGCCACCCUGCAGUGCCUCACUUACACCGCACCACUGGCAAACUACCUGAUCUCCAGGCACCACUCAGGAAGAUGUGAGUUCCCAGAACACUUUGAAAUAUCAACAAGCUGAAAAUAAUUGUUACGCGAAGAUGUCCUUGCUGUGUGCUGCACCUACAGCUGAGCUUUGAUUGGUGUUGU